UAUUGCUUAGUCAUAGACAGAGCAUUUGAUGCUAUGCUUCAGCCGUUGAUUGUGGAGUAAGGGAUUUGAAAAUAGAAGGCAGUGGAAAGGCUGUCUGUCUACCUCCAUUAAGCGGCGGAUCGGCUCUUGGCGCCGAGGCAUCUUCAGCCUGGAAGAAGGACCCCGCCCCAGCGAUGCUGGAGCGCAGCUUGGGGAAGUUUCGCACUCCAAACAGGGGCCGCAGCAGCAACAGCAGCUCUUGAGGUCUCCUCUCCCUGCCCCAUAUAGGUUCGGAAGACACUCACUAUGACAGGGCUGAGUCUGAGGGAUUUAUCAGAGGCUGAUUUUGAAGACAGUGAAAUCAGCAUCAAUGUCGGAGGCUUUAAGAAAAAGAUGAGAUCCAACACUUUGUUGAGAUUCCCUGAAACGAGACUGGGUAAACUGCUGAGCUGCAAUUCAAAGGAGUCGAUUUUAGAGCUUUGUGAUGAUUACGAUGACAUUAAGAAUGAGUUCUACUUUGACAGGAACCCUGAACUUUUCCCUUAUGUGCUGCAUUUUUAUAAUACUGGAAAGCUGCAUGUGAUGGGUGAACUCUGUGUGUUUUCCUUCAGUCAGGAGAUUGAAUAUUGGGGAAUCAAUGAAUUCUUUAUUGAUUCUUGCUGCAGUUACAGCUACCAUGGGAGAAAAAUGGAACCAGACCAAGAAAAAUGGGAAGAUCACAGUGAUCAGGAAAGCACCAACUCUUCAUUUGAUGAGAUCUUGGCCUUCUACAAUGAUGCUGCUAAGUUUGACAAGCAACCCUUUGGGAAAGUUAGGCGGCAGCUUUGGUUAGCUUUAGACAAUCCUGGCUAUUCUGUCUUGAGCCGAAUAUUCAGUGUUCUUUCCAUAGUGGUUGUUCUUGGAUCCAUAGUAACUAUGUGCCUCAACAGCCUCUCAGACUUUCAGAUUGUUAACAGCAAUGGGAACUCUGAAGAAGACCCUCGAUUUGAAAUUGUGGAACAUUUUGGUAUUGCAUGGUUCACCUUUGAGCUGGUGGCAAGGUUUGCAGUGGCCCCAGACUUCCUGAAGUUUUUUAAGCAUGCACUCAAUCUGAUUGACCUAAUGUCCAUCCUUCCCUUUUACAUCACUUUAAUUGUUAACUUGGUGGUGGAAAGUAGCCCUGCUUUAGCGAAUUUGGGUAGAGUAGCCCAAGUCCUGAGAUUGAUGAGGAUAUUCCAUAUCUUAAAGCUUGCACGACACUCAACAGGCCUUAGAUCUCUUGGAGCCACUCUCAAGUAUAGCUACAAGGAGGUAGGGCUUCUCCUGCUCUACCUCUCAGUUGGAAUCUCUAUAUUCUCUGUAGUGGCUUACACAAUUGAAAAAGAGGAAAACAGGGCCCUAGAGACCAUCCCUGCUUGCUGGUGGUGGGCAACAGUUAGCAUGACCACAGUUGGCUAUGGAGAUGUUGUCCCAGUGACCACUGCAGGCAGGUUGACAGCUUCUGCAUGCAUCCUAGCUGGCAUCUUAGUAGUAGUUCUUCCUAUCACACUCAUUUUCAACAAGUUCUCUCACUUUUACAGGCGCCAAAAGCAGCUAGAAAGUGCCAUGAGGAGCUGUGAUUUUGGGGAUGGGAUGAAAGUGGUCCCUUCAGUCAACUUAAGGGACUACUAUGCCUACAAAGUUAAAUCACUUAUGGCCAGUCUCACAAACAUGAGCAGGAGCACUCCCAGUGAACUAAGUCUAAAUGAUUCAUUGCAUUAGUCUCUGGUUCCAAGACCAGUUUGCAUGAUGGAAAACCAAGAGAUGUAUUUAUAUAUGUUAUUUUUCUCACCCCAGCAUCUAAUGUUGUCGAUUAAGCACCAAACACAGACCCACAUAGCUAUUUUUUCCACCAUCUUUUUUUGCAGUAAUCUUUUCGUAGCAAUUCACAUGCACUUGAGUCUUGUGAACGGUUCAUCAUGCAUUCAGAUUUAGGGAUAAUAUAAGUUCUGAAGUUCAUUCAGCUUGUGCCGGCUUGCAAUCAAAAGUGUGUUGAACCAUCACAAAUCCAUGAUGCACAUGAAUUACCACAACAUGCAAAGGGUCACCUGAUGGAAAAAUGGUUGUAGAAAUCCACUUACCUUGGUAAUUCUAAAGAUGAAAUUUAGUA